AAGUCUGACUGGAGGCUGUAGUGCAAUUUAAUUUGCAUUUUAUUCCUAGGACUUUGGGAAAACUUCGUGGGAAUUUGCAAAUGACGCAUUAUAUGGGGAAGCCCAUAUGCGAUGACUAUUACACCAAAAUCUUAAAGUGGCGAAGUAGAUGAUCUCCAUAAAGGACAAAACACUAAAUCCCAUGAAAAGACCAAGAAGACCACCAAUAUUAGCUGAAACACAAUAAAUUGUUAUUUAAAUACAGUUUAUUUUUGACUGGAUCCACUUGAAAGCGUACAGCUCCGUAGGGUCUCCAUGGUACUGAAUCUGGUGGCGUAUUAGAACUAUACCCAGUUUCGGGGGUCCAAUCAAUUAUCGGAAAUGGACAAACCAAUGUUAAACCAGAGCCCGAACAGAAACUUGGUAAAUGAAGAUGCAGCGGAUCUUGAUUGGGAGAAGGAGCAUAUUGUUUCUCAAAAACUCAGAGACGAAAUGGAAUCUAUGUGGGAGAUUCCACAAAUUUUUCACUUUCUUCAGCUGACUAAAGAAUCAUUCAAUAUUACUCAUUUAUCAAUGUAUGAGAUGGAAAGGAUGUUCAUCAUGCCAAAAGCUUCAAAACAGUUGGCUAGUAUUAUGACCUGCUUGCUGAGCUCUCCAAACUUAAAGUCAAAACUUCAUCAAAUACCACCUAUGCCAUACGAAUUUUGGACUAAUGUUUUGAUGCACAAAGUUAGAAGUUGGUUCAAAAUAUAUCAAACGAAGCACAAAAAUACUGUUAAGGUUUUCGAGGCAAUAGGAGUGGAGCCUGAGUUUUGGAAUAUUUUUACUAAUAUUUCUUGUAUUGAUGAAAAAGAUUUUGAGAAAUUAUCUUUGAAACAGAGAGUGUGGUUACUGAAAACCCUAUGUGACACAAUUAUGCAUACUAGAAAAACUGUUCAAGAAGAGUUGUCAAAACAACCAUGGGAAAAUAAAAUGGAAUCGAUUCUUGGGAUAGACAGGAAUGGUGCUAGAUAUAUUUACUUUCCACAGUUUCUACAAAAUAAUCUUCGAGUAUAUCGGCAUUGCUUGGACAAUAAAAUAUUGUCAACGGUGAAGUCGCCUGCUAGUAUAGAUCAACUAAGUUGGGAAGUAAAGGAAGAUAAUGCAGUUAACUGUUCUUCUGGUAAAGCAGUGCGCAAUAAAAGGAGAAAAUCUCGCUGGAGAAAUGGUACUUUACCACAUAAAGGAAAGAAAAGAAAAGAAAGAGAAAAGAGACGAAAAUAUGAUAAAUUAGGAGACAGCUCUUGCAGUAAUGGUGCGGUCUUUAAUUUAUUGACUAAUCGAAAUAGGAAUUUCAAUGAAUCAACCAGUUUCGGUAACAAUAAUAAUAUUGAUUGUAAUCUGAUUACUCCAACAUGUUCUAGAAGCAUGUCCAAGACUUCAGUAGAAAAUUCGAGUGAAUUUAAGUGGAGUUCAGUUACACCAAGCAGAUAUGAAAUAAGCAAAUCCAUUAAUAUAAAAUAUCUUGAAAACGAAAUGUUGAAAGGAUUUAAAAGUGAGUAUGAAGAAGAAUCGAAUAGUAUGAAGGUAAUCUGUGAAAUUUUACAUGAAUUGACUUCAAAAAUUGAAAGAAACCUGGAUGGUUUAGAAAAAAAUACAACAAAUUCUGGCACUCGUUUAUCAGAGGAGAAGAUGUUACAGAAUUCAGAAUAUUACUCUCAGAAUGUUAAUAAAAUUAUCUCAAAAAAAGCAUCGAUAAUUGAUGUUGAAAUUGAAAUGGCACAGGUAUCGGUUCCUUUAAAAUUUGGUAAUGACAAGUUGCCUAAAAUAAUGUCUGCAGACAAAGAUGAUGACAUAGGAAAUGAAGAUCUUCAGAACGAUGAAGUAGGUUUGGACAAGUGGUUGAACGCUUUGACAAAAAAAAAGCUAAUAGAAGCUGGAAAAGAAAUAACUGGAAACUACCAAACAGAUAAGGAAAGCGAAAAUAAAUGUAGUAAGUCGAUUAAGAAAGAAUUAAGGUGUAAUGCUGUAAGAACUGGAAAACUACUUUCCGAAAUUAAACAAUACAAUGAAACUGCAAACAAUGUUGAGAGUGAAUACGAAGCAUCUUUAAAAGAAUUGAGGGAUGCAUUGAUUAAUGAAGCAUCUCUUGAUGAUUUUUCCAGCCCUGAAGACUUUACUAAUGGAAGUUAUAACUUUCGAAAAAUCCCAAAUGUGAGGAAAAACUCUUGGAAUGUAGCUGUCGAAGAUUUUAAUGAAAUGUUAACUGAUCUUAGUAUAUCAAAUUUUGAAAUUGUAGCAAAUAGUGUGGAAACGUUGAGAAAUUUCAUUGAAGAUUUUUCUCAUAAAGAAAAUGAUUCAGCUAAAAGUAAUAACGAUAUGAAUACUUUUAUACCUAUUUGCGAAGUAAAUCUAAUAAGAAAAAUGUCGGACUUACUUAAAUCUGUAGAAAGUAUGGAGACGUCAUUAAAAGAUUCCACGAAGAAAGCAAGAUCAAAAUUGCAGAGAGAAUGGCUCAACUUUAAAAAUGGCGCUAUAGAGGAAAAAGUAUCUUCUGAUGAGACUAGUAUCACCUCUAAUUGGUGGAUUUUUGGUUCACAAGGUUCUACAUUGGCAUAUAAUAAAGAAGCAACCUUGCACACUAUGUCUCAUUCCGUCUUAUCUCCAUCCGGUUGCCAAAACCAAAUUGAACAUUCUGACAGCGAAUGCGAUAAACUAGCUGUGCAUCAAGUCCAAAAACAAAAACCUAAAUUCAACGAAGAAGAAGAGGAUGAUUGCAGGAGAAAAGGUAUUCGAAAUUUUAACAAUAGGAAAGAAAGAGAGCAAGAGGAAACCGAAGAUGGCGAAGGCGAAUCAGAAGAAUUAAAACAGCAAACGAAGAGGGUUCUGCGAGCGCGAGGCAUCUCCUCGUAUACCGAACAACCACUCUCAGAUAAUAGCGAAGCAGAAGAGCUGGAGAGGUGGACCGACCUUGAGGCUAUCUACUCGGUUCCAAGCGUACAGAUGAGUCCAUCAUCUCCUCAUGCUCUUCCACAAUCAAAAAAAUGUGAUAAACGUUCGGAUACGGAGGACUCUGAUCAAGAGUGGAUUUUACCAAGCUCCCGUAAAAAGAGAAAUAAGCGUCCGUCUGCCAGCCGAAGGUUAAAAUCAUUCCAAAAUAAACUUCAAACUAUUAAGGUGAACUCCAAUCUAUGUUCGACGCCAAAUACUGCAUCAUUCGAAGUUGCAGAUGAAAAGGAUAACUCAAAUCGAUCGACCGAGCUGGAUACCAAACAAGAAAUACAGUCGAAUAUUUCUGAAAAUCGGAAUGCAUCUACUUCGCGUCCUAUGAAUGAAUCGAAAACUGUAAAAAACGAGAGUUCUAAAAAAAUUGUACCUUCCGGAAGUAUGAUUUGUAAAGUUGAAUGCGUAGACAGCGUGCAUUCGGAAUUGGACAUUAAAGAUGAAGAGCCUAUCAUCGACUCGAUGGCAAAUAAUUACAACAUCAACGUGCAACAAAAUUAUGUAGUCGUUAAAAGUGAACCUCCUCCAGUGACAAAUUAUUACGUCAUGCAACAAAAUCCCCCUAUAACUGGCGUCGUACAAAGAGGGCCAUUCAUACAGCAAGCUGCAUUUGUACAAAGUGGAAUACCUCAAGCACAGCCGGUCCAUUCCGUUCCUUCAGGUUAUUACGUUCAAAGUACCCCAAACUAUGUGGUUCAAAGUUCUCAAUCUGGUUACGGACCUCCUAGACAUCCAGUUGGUCUUCAACCAUCGCAGCAAAUGGUCAUCCAACAAACGCCUCAAAUAAUCGGUGCACAGCAAGUUAUAACCCCUCCAAAUUACGUGCAAUAUAUGGUCAACAAUUUACAACAGAGUGUUCUUAGUACUAGUCUUUCAAAUCCGAGAAUGGCCGUCACUCAACGACCAAAUUACACAAGUACUCAUUUGCAGCCUCGAGGACAAUUAUUGAAUCAGCACAAUCGAAUGGGAUCCAGGUGCCCGCAAAACAGAAUGUCGAGACAAAAUUUGGCACAUCCUAAUGGGGCCGUUAUCAGAAGUAUGCCACUCACGGGAAAUGGAGCAAGGUUUCCCGGUGCUAGAAAUAUGGCUCCACGAAACAUCGUGCCCCGUCAAAAUGCUAGACAUGUGGUACCUCGACUGCAAAAAUUAACGAAAAUAAAUUCUGGGAGUUUAACAGCUACUUCGCAAAACACAACUUCACUAAUUGUUCUUAGUGAUAGUGAUGAUGAAAUCGAAAUGAUAAUUACAGAAAAGCCAAAUGCAGAAGCUGCUUCGGUACCAAGUGCAAGUUCUCUCCGAAAGAAUGUAGGACAACCCAUCGAAAGGCGAAAACCGAUUGUAACUUCAGAAGUUACUGUGUCGAAUCCAAAAAGUACUCUCCCUCCACAAAUCGUACAACGUAUGAGUCAAGGUGGAAUCUCUAUUACUCCAGUAAAAACAAACCCUCCUGCAAAUCCAAACACACAGUUGGUGGUGGUCGUGAAUGAAACGGGAAGCCAUUAUGCUCUUGCGUUACCUAAUGGAAGUAAGCUCAUCCUUACUCCUGAACAAGUGGCCCAAAUUAGAGCAUCUAAUGGAGGCAAACUUAUUUUGUAACAAAUGUAGUGUUUCAAGCCAACUAAAAGCACGUGUGCAAUGUAAUAUUUAUUUUUCCAUAGUCUGUACGCAUUAAAUUUGUUGAUAUUUAAUACAUAACUUAUGAUUAUGUGAAACAUUCUCUAGUCAAUUAGUUUCUUUACAACAAGGUUUUACAUAAAUGAUGAAUCUCACGUCUGCAGGGACAGAGGUAACAAUUACCUGUCUACAAAGGUUUGAAUCAUCGUCAGUUUCAUUGUCUUGCUGAUAAUGCCGGCAUUUAUGUAUAGGGUCCUUGACAUAAAACACCGGAUGCCUUUUAGUAUAAAUAUUUAUUAGGUAAAUAGAUGAUAAUAAGGUUAUUAUUACAAGCGUUCUGCAAGAUAAGACUUUAGUUCGUAGAGAAUAUGUUGGACAGAACCCCGUGGUGUCUUGUAUUGACAUUUUAACAUGAAUUCUACGCGCGAAUAUAUAAUCAAACACUAA